AUGCUCCUCCGUCCUCGGUUUCUCACUGUUCUCGCCUUGCUCGCCGUUCCAAGGGGGGUACUAUCACGAGGCGGCCAUGGUGGCUCUAGCAGCGACAGUGGCAGUGGGAGCAGCAGUGGCAGCAGCGGCAGCUAUGACGAUAGCGGUUCCAGUGGUAGCGACGACACCUCUUCAACGUCUCCAUCAUCCGGUGGAGGCCUCAGCUGCACAGACAGCCACCGCCUCAGCCUAGAGGAUAUGCAACCUUACCACUACGGGCAAUACAACCGGGACCCACGCGCAGGUCACGCCAGUGCCUACAGCGACUUUGACGGCGUGUUCUUCAAAGGCGUAGCAAAAUACAAGUACACAAUCACAACGCCGCCACCAAACAUCACCGAAUUGGGGAAGCCUAAAGUCGGUUCAAUCGAAUGUCCCACUGGCGAACAGUAUAUCCGCAUGCUUGGCGCUGCAUGGGUUGCUGGCAGACCUCCCAGGCCGGCCGGGCCGGAGAACCCCAUUGCGAUUGGAUUCAAGGCGUGGAAGAGCAACAUACGGCUGUCGGAUAUCGACUAUUCGUAUAGUGUAUGUGAAAAGGUGGAUCUUCUGCGCUUUGGCACGACAGUGGAUUUGAUCCAUGACAGUUACGACAAUAUUACUGCGAUGGAUGCCGUGGACCUAAAUAUUACGCAGGCCUCUGAGGACAGCGAUAUGAUUCUGUUUGACGGUGUUUAUGAUUUGAAAGAUUGGGCUGACAGUGCACGGAGCAAGCUGGAGCCACAAAAGUACGACAACAGCGGUCUUUCUGAUCAAAUGCUUUACCUUCCGAAGGGUACAUGCUCCGAAGGGAGCAGCUUGGGUAAAGUGAUGAUGAGAUGGAAUGGAACGUCUGUUAAGGGGUCCUUGACCAAUGAGACUCUGCAGUUGAACUUGUCUGGCUCGAUGGUUGCGGGAUUCGAGAGUACCAGCAUUCAUGAUUCGAGUCAGACGAAGGUCAAUGUGACUUUUGAGAUUGCUUUCGAGGGAAUUUUGGACGCUGCGAAUUCGACGCAGGUGGUGUUGACGGGUGCGGCGAGUCAUAACGAGUCACUGGUUACCUUUGAGAGGGCUAGUAGUGCUACCAUUUCAAGAGUGUCAGUGUAUUUGGUCCUUUUGUCUUUACUGACUUUCUCCUCGAUCAUCCUGUGA